AUGAAAAAAUUAACUAAAAGUGAAAAAAGGUUGAAAUUAGAAAUGGUGGAAGUUAAUUCGGAAAAAAUUAUUUUCCAAACUAUUUAUCCGUGGGCUUUUUGCUUAAAUGCUAAGCAAGCAAACAGGUUAAAACAUUAUUUCCUUCCUACUAAUCCUCUUAACAUUCAAAAAUUACAAAAAAUAGUCCUAAAUUAUGACCUUUUAUCAAACAUCACUAAUGUCUCAUCAAUUGAUAUUCAGCCUCCCCAAUUAAGAGACUAUCAAUUAGCGGAUGUCAAAUUUCUAAGUCAGUUAAAAAGUGUCGCAAUUUUUAGUGAAAUGCGAACUGGUAAGACUCCCACCGCUUUAAUGACCUUUAAGCAGUGGCCGGAUACUUUUAAAAUUGACAGUUCUUAUUUUAAAAAAUUAAAAAAAAAUCAAGCAGUCAAUAUUCCUUAUUGCGUUAUUGUCGACGAAGCCCACUUUCUCCGUAAUCAUCAAUCACAGCAAAGCAAAAGCAUUUAUAUUCUCAAAGAUGCCCCUUUCAAAAUGGCCCUUACUGGCACCCCAGUCGUUAAUCGUUCCCCCGACAUAUUUGGCAUUCUUAAAUUUCUGGACCCGGAAACUUACUCUUCUUAUUGA